AUGACAGUUGACGACCAUGACGUUGCCGGGUUCCAAGGAUUGAUGAAAUCAUUAAACUUGGACUCUGACCAAUUUCAAGAAUACGACCAGUCCAAAUUCUCCUCAUAUGAUUUCGAACAACUUCUGAAUUUGAAACUUGAAAUCGAAUCUCAAUUGAGGAUACUUUUCAAUUUACUACAGCAGAAAUAUGGGGCUAGCAUGGAAACGAACUUAGUCACUGCCGACGGAUUUCCGAGAAGUGAUAUUGAUGUAGUCACGAUACGAUUGAUUCGAGUGCAAAUCAUUCGGUUAAAAAAUGAUUAUAAAGAAUUGUUAAAAGUACUAGAUUCAAAAAUGGAGGAGGAGUUUGCAAAAAGGAAGACAGAAUUGGGAGAUGAUCAAGCGCAGACUGAACCAAGACUGAAUCAGCAAAAACCAAAUAUUCCUUUUGCACAGGUAAAGGAAGUCAUUGCUGGCGGUCCUGCUGAAUCUGCAGGUUUAAAAGAACGUGACUUGAUUGUUAUCUUUGAUAAUGACAUUCAUGCAUUAAACCAUAAUAAGCUAUCUAAAUUGGUUGAAAGAGUGAGAGCUAAACCUGGUGAGAAGUUACAAUUGACUGUUAAGCGCAAUGAAGAGACAUUGAAUCUAAUUCUUAAUACCAGUGUAAAGUGGGAUGGUAAAGGUAUUGGGUGUCGUAUAGUGCCCGUGUAA